CUUGGAACCCAUCCGCCAUCUGAAAUUCUUGAAAUUCUUCGUGUUUCCCCAGUCGUCCCCAGUCCAACUUUUUCAAUUGUCAACUCGACAACAAGGCUCUCAUAUCACUACUUGCGCCAUAUUCAAAUCCACCUGCGAUGUGCCCUUUCUGCGAUCCGCUUUAACCAAUGGCGUUGCGAAUCAAUCUUCCUCCAGUGACACGUACUCUGCUCGCUAGUAUCCUCGCCCUCUCGUUGCUAUACAAUGCAGCACGAUAUACCCUCAUGCAAUCACCUGCAGACCCAUCCUCUCCGAAUCCCACGACUUCAAGACCAUAUGUCCCGUAUCUAGCUUUGAUUCCUUCAGUAUGCAUCUGGUAUCCUUGGACAUUUCUCAUCGCGACCUUUGUCGAGCAAAAUAUCAUUACUCUCUUGGUCAACGGCGCCACGGUGUUCCUGGGCGGCAGAUAUCUUGAAAGAGCUUGGGGUUCAAAGGGCUUUAUAUAUACUUUGUUGGUCGCCACAGUCAUACCAAACCUCCUCGUGGUUCCCACCUACAUCUCGUGGGCCGCUAUCACCAGCAACCCCGAACGCGCCCUCACCCCCAUCACUGGCGGCAUCACCACUCAGGCCGCAUUCCUCGUUGCCUUCAAGCAACUCGUUCCCGAGCAUACUGUCAGCGUAUACAAAGGCGUCAUCAAGAUGCGCGUCAAGCAUUUCCCGGCUGUCUUUUUGGCCGUCAACACCCUGUCUGGUAUCCUACUUGGAACAGACACUGCUUUCAUCCUAUCUUGGUAUGGCCUCAUCACCACCUGGACUUAUCUUCGCUUUGUCAAACGGCAGCCCGAUCUUUCCACCUCAAGCACCGACAGUCUCGGUUUCAAAGGAGAUCCUAGUGAGACAUUUGCCUUUGCAACUUUCUUUCCCGACCUUGUCCAGCCGCCGAUUGCGACCUUCUGCAACCAAAUAUACACUCUCUCGUGCCGAUUCGGGAUUCUUACUCCCUUUUCUGACGAGCAAAUUGCCUCGGGCAACGAGCAAGCUGCUGCGCGCGGCGAAGCAGGCCUACCAACGGUGGCCAAGCACGGACGUGGUCCUCGAGGAGUGAGCAAAAGAGAAGAGGCUGAAAGACGAAGAGCUCUAGCGCUCAAAGCCUUGGAUGAGCGUCUGAACGCUGCAAGCAGUCGAGUAGCCCCUCCUGCGCCCGCAACUAAUGCUCCCAGCCUGGCGCAAGGUCAUGAGAUGCUAGGCCAGACAGACUAUCGCCCAGAUGCUUAAUGGCUGACAAUGCGAGCUAAUGACCUCUUUGGGUCAACUCUAGUGUCAUUUUAGCGCCCAUAUGACUACUUGCAAAGCAUAUCUGCAUCAAUUGUAUCUCGAGACUCGACGUCUUUUGACAAUGAGAGUACAGCAACCAUAAUGGGGCGCCCGAUAUUCUGUGCGUACGCCAGAAUGGAUGAUACAUGUUCAUUCUUGUUGACUUAUAUUGGCCUCGUGCUUCGUCCCACCGGAAGCCC